AUGUGGACAGAGCUGAUCUGCACCUUGCAGACCAUCCCUACCAAACUGACCGGUGUAUCACAGGGCCGGGAGCACAGUAAUGACAGGACAGGGCCAUUCCCUCAGCCCCAGGUGUGCAUCAUCAGGCACAGAAAUCUCUCUCUGUCAGGUUACAAAAAAGCAGUUGUCUGGAUUGCAGAAACCAUCUCCCAGUUCCAGUUUUACCUGAAAACAUUUGCUUUAGCCACCAGCAUCUUCAACAGGCUGUUGGUAUCAGUAAAGAUCCAAUUAAAAUAUCUGCAGUGCAUUGCCAUUUCCUGCCUUGUCGUUGCAGCAAAAAAAAAUGAAGAUGAGGUAAUACCAUCAGUGCAGAUGCUAGAGAUGCAGAGCAGAUGUAAACACUCUCCAGCUGACAUGUUAAGAAUGGAAAGAGUUACACUGGAUAAGCUUCAGUGGGAUCUUUACACAGCAACACCAAUGGAUUUCUUAAACAUUUUCCAUGCCAUGGUGAUGUCCAGCUGGCCCCAUCUCCCACCCAGACUGCCUUAGAGGAAUCCUUCCCUCCACGUUGCACUCUUGACCAAGCAGCUGCAGCACUGUAUGGCCUGCCACCAACUCGUGCAGUUUAAGGGCUCCACGCUGGUUUUGGUGAUCAUCACUUUGGAACUGGAGAGGCAGACUCCUGGUUGGUUUCCUGUUAUUACUGAUCUGCUAAAAAAAGCACAGGUGAACAGCACCGAAUUCAUCCACUGCAAAGAGCUUGUGGAUCAAGAGUUAAUGUGCUUGCAGCCACCCAAUACUGUUUAUAUUCUCUAUCCCAUAGCCAAGCUGUGCAGGGCCAUCCCAAGACAAGGCUACCCUGCCAUCACCCUUCUGAAAGGAAGAGUUCCCAUCAGGGGAGGUAGAGGGUUGCUGUAAAUCAGCCUGUUUCAGCACCUUUCACACCAAAUAAAGCCCAAAUUCCUGAUCAAACCAUUGAGACUCAAGAGUGCUGUGAUUCAGACACCUGCACAGUGAGGAUGGGGAAGUGAGUGCUGGGAGGAUGAACACAGGAGGCUCAUGCCCACAGCAGAGCUGCCUGUCCUCCCUUACAGCCAACCAAAAAGGACUGGUGGAGAAUUAUUGCCUUGGAAGCAGCACCUGCAGAACCAGCAGGUCCCAGCAAACACAACAGCAAAAACAACAGGGCAAAAGUGUCACUGUGCUUCUCAGAGAAUAAAGACAGCUGUUAUUAUCAGUCUAUUUUUUAUGUCCUUGCUAAGCAGUAUGUGCUACCCCUCAGUUUUAAGAUUAUGUAAAGACAGAAAGCUGGGGAGAGGAGGGACUCAGUCACAGUCCUUCAACCCAGGGAUCCAGUUGGCAAGUAGCCACAAACUUCAUGGAGAACCAAAUGCCUCAGAGUUUAUUUUUAAAAUAGCCAUGAUGAAGUUUGACAGAUUGAGCCGUUCAUCCAGCUCAUAGCAUUGUUCUCUCAUUAGAGCUAAUCUGGCUCGGCCCAUGGGAGCCUGAACAGGAGCUGCUGUUGAGGAAUGAACAGCCCCCACUGCUGCCUCUGCAGGAGAUCUCAGAAGGAACCAAGGUUUUGAUUUAGCAGUGAGAAGCCUGAAUCAAACCUCCAGUUUUCCUUAAGGCCUUACCUUGUAAUCCAGGGGUCUGGGAUCUGUGCUUUGUCCUGGUUAAACCAUUACAGACUCAAUCACAGCUCCUAUGAAAUGUGGGAAAUCACUUCUUGUCUACAAUCACCAUUGUCUUGGACUCUCACCAACCAGUGCUGCUCAGGAUUUUUAAAAUUUAUUCUGUCUUACUAGACUAGACAAUAUAAAAUGCCUUUAAUAAUUCCCCUCCACCACUAUAACCACAUUUCUUAAAAAUUGCUUAAUCUUCACAGCAAAGUGGUUUCACAAAGGUCAGAUUAAACCACUCUUGCACUUUUAAAAAACAGCUUUACACAUACUUUAAAAUUAGUGCAGGUUUUGUUUUAAACAAAAAGGCAUUUUUAGGUGAUUGUUACCAUAGCUUGAGGGCAUUAUCCAGCCAGUAUGGGAUGGGUAACAGCACCAUACCUGCCAUCCUGUCACAGAACAGGAGCGGGUUUCACAUGGACUGGCACAGGCUAAAUACUGAGCAGGUGUCUCAUGUAAUGACAUGGGAUAAAAAACUUGGAGACAGAGUUGGGACAGGAGGAAGGAGACCCUCAUGCUGUGGAACAGCAGAGCUCAUCAGUGCAAGAAGAAAAUUUCUGGCCUUCUCCCCUUCCUCAUUGUCUUAUCUUGUAGGAGAGGAAUUCCUGAAUGUGAACCAUGCAGGACUGAUGUGCUGAGCAGCUGUUCACACUUUUUCAAGUGUUACAUUUGCCAGAGUGAGCUCUGAGAACACAGUGAGUUCUGUGUGUGCUGGGAGAAAGUCAAGUUGCUCUUUAAACCACAAAGGAAGUGCCCAAGUGUUCCAGUAACAUCCAGUAAUGGAGACUUAGUACAAAUAACCUGUGUGAACAGACAUGACUUGAACCAGCAAUGAAAGCCACAGAAUUCCCAUGAGCCAGGUCAAAGCUACCUGAAGCUGUGGAUGUUGUGCUGAGGGAGGGCUCUGCUUGGAAUGCUGCAGGAGCAGGACUCAGGGGGCUGGUUUAGACCACAUGAGGUUUGUGAGGCCCCCACAUACUCAGGGGUCAGGUGUGCUUGGGACAUGGUAUUUAUUUAUUCUACCACAGGGAAGGUUUUUAUUUAAUGGUAGGACUCUUCCUUCCUUCUGAGCAGUACCUUCCUUUUUUCUCACAGGCUGUGAGUUGACUGCCUGGCUUUUGAAUGGAAGCAAGUUUCCCACUAAAUAAAGUAUAAGCUUGGUCUGCC